AUGUCAACAAACGUUUCUUCCCAUGCAGAGAAGAACAAUUUGGUGGGAGUCGAGUUUCUUCUCGAACUCCCCAAAACCCUAAGCAAAACAAACAAGAAGUGGCAACUUGCAUUCAUCAAGAUCUACUGCUCAAGAACUCUCCUCAACUGCGCCAAACACCCCAUUGUCAAACCAAGUUUGUUGCUUUCUCGUUCCCUUUCCUACACCGCCAUUGAUCUUGACCAUCCUCAAGGUCAUCACAAAGACUUCACGAUCGACCAAGAGAACCUAAACGAUCUCGUCAAGAACAAGAACCAAGAGAAACUUCACUCUCUUGGUGGCCCUAAUGGUUUAGUCUCAGCUCUCAAGACAAACACACGUCAAGGGAUCGACGAAGAAACCGACGAGAUUCAACGCAGACGUUCAACGUUCGGUGCCAACACUUACACUCGACCACCAUCGAAGAGUCUCAUCCAUUUCGUGGUCGAGGCCUUCAAAGACCUAACGAUUCUCAUCCUUCUCGCCUGCGCAACGCUCUCUCUCGGGUUCGGCAUCAAAGAGCACGGCUUAAAAGAAGGAUGGUACGAUGGUGGAAGCAUAUUCGUAGCGGUUUUCCUGGUGGUAGCUGUCUCUGCGGUCAGUAACUUCAGACAGAACAGACAGUUCGACAAACUCUCCAAAGUAAGUAGUAACAUAAAGAUCGAUGUCGUUAGAAACGGACGUCGUCAAGAGAUUUCUAUCUUUGACAUCGUCGUUGGAGAUAUCAUUUGUUUAAACAUCGGCGAUCAAGUUCCAGCGGAUGGAGUGUUCGUUGAAGGACAUUCAUUACACGUCGACGAAUCAAGCAUGACUGGAGAAAGCGACCACGUCGAGGUGAACCUAAACGGGAACACAUUCUUGUUCUCGGGUACUAAAAUCGCUGAUGGGUUUGGUAAAAUGGUGGUUACGUCCGUUGGUAUGAACACAGCUUGGGGACAAAUGAUGAGUCACAUCUCACGCGACACAAACGAGCAAACUCCAUUGCAAUCUCGUCUCGACAAGCUUACUUCUUCUAUAGGUAAAGUCGGUUUAAUAGUAGCUUUCUUAGUUCUUCUUGUUCUUUUAAUCCGUUACUUCACGGGAAGUACUAAAGACGAGAGUGGGAAACGUGAGUAUAACGGUAAGAAUACUAAAAGCGAUGAGAUUGUGAACGCGGUUGUUGAAAUGGUUGCGGCUGCGGUUACGAUUAUCGUGGUUGCGAUACCUGAGGGAUUACCAUUAGCUGUGACGUUAACAUUAGCGUAUUCGAUGAAGAGAAUGAUGAAAGAUCAAGCUAUGGUGAGGAAGCUAUCCGCUUGUGAGACAAUGGGCUCUGCUACUACUAUCUGUACCGAUAAAACCGGUACUUUGACGCUUAACCAAAUGACCGUAACCGAUUCCUGGUUCGGUUUAGAAUCAGGAAAUGCUUCUCUAUCGAGUAAAGUUGUUGAGUUGUUCCAUGAAGGAGUUGCAAUGAACACUACAGGGAGUGUGUUCAAGGCUAAAGAAUCAUCAUCAUCAUCUGAGUAUGAAUUCUCCGGGAGUCCAACGGAGAAAGCGAUAUUAAGCUGGGCGGUUAAUGAACUAAAGAUGGAUAUGGAGGAAGUGAUUAGAGAACACGAGGUUGUACACGUUGAAGCUUUUAACUCAGAGAAGAAGAGAAGUGGUGUGCUGAUCAAGAAGAACGGAGAGAUCACAGUUCAUUGGAAAGGAGCUGCUGAGAAGAUUCUAGCUAUGUGUUCUACAUACUACGACGGCUCUGGAGUCGUUAAAGAGAUUGAUGGAGACGAUAAGAUUCAGUUUGAGAAUAUCAUUCAAUCCAUGGCAGCUAAAUCCCUACGUUGCAUCGCGUUUGCGUACUCAGAAGACAACGAUAACGAGACAAAGAAGAUUAAAGAAGAGAAUCUGAGCUUACUCGGAAUCGUCGGGAUCAAAGAUCCGUGCAGACCAGGAGUCAAGAAAGCCGUCGAGGACUGCCAAUUCGCCGGAGUAAACAUCAAAAUGAUCACCGGAGAUAAUAUUUUCACGGCGAGAGCGAUCGCGGUAGAGUGCGGGAUCUUAACACCCGAAGACGAAUCGAACGAAGACGCUGUUUUAGAAGGAGAAGCGUUUCGAACCUACACACAGGAGCAACGGUUAGAGAAAGUCGAGAGGAUCAGAGUGAUGGCGAGAUCGUCACCGUUCGAUAAGCUCCUGAUGGUGAAAUGCCUCAAGGAGUUAGGUCACGUGGUGGCGGUUACGGGAGACGGAACGAACGACGCGCCGGCGUUGAAAGAAGCGGAUAUCGGACUCUCGAUGGGGAUCCAAGGGACGGAGGUCGCGAAGGAGAGCUCCGAUAUCGUGAUCCUCGACGAUAACUUCGCCUCCGUCGCGACGGUUUUGAAAUGGGGGAGAUGCGUUUACAAUAAUAUUCAGAAGUUUAUUCAGUUUCAGUUAACCGUUAACGUAGCGGCGUUAGUGAUUAAUUUCGUCGCGGCGGUUUCGGCUGGUGAAGUUCCGUUAACGGCCGUUCAGUUACUUUGGGUGAAUCUGAUUAUGGACACGCUUGGUGCGUUGGCGUUAGCUACGGAGAAACCAACGAACGAUUUGAUGAAGAAUAGACCGGUCGGUCGAACCGCUCCGUUGAUUACGAACGUCAUGUGGAGGAAUCUGUUGGCGCAAGCGUUUUAUCAGAUCAGUGUGUUGUUGGUGCUUCAGUUUCGUGGGAGGGAGAUUUUUGGUGUGACGGAGAGGGUGAAGAACACUUUGAUUUUUAAUACGUUUGUGUUGUGUCAAGUGUUUAAUGAGUUUAACGCGAGGAGUCUUGAGAAGAAGAAUGUGUUUAGAGGGUUGCAUAAGAACCGGCUCUUCGUUGGGAUUAUUGUGGUGACUGUGGUUCUGCAGGUUGUGAUGGUUGAGUUUCUCAAGAGGUUUGCUGAUACUGAGAGGCUGAAUUGGGGUCAGUGGGGAGUCUGUGUGGCGAUCGCGGCGGUGUCGUGGCCGAUUGGGUGGUUGGUGAAGUCUGUUCCGGUGCCGGAGAAGCACUUCUUUAGCUACCUGAAAUGGAAGAAGAGUGCAUGA